AUGCUACAACCACCAGCAACGGCAGCUUUAGCUGCUGGGGCAGGUUUGGGGUUGCCAGGGCCUGGAGGUGGUUCUAGGCCAAAUGGAGCAGCACAAACACCGCAAAAUGCAGUCAUACUGCAAGCUGCUGCUCUGGCUAGUGCAGAAAGAGGACCGCCUCAUCCACCACCAAGGCAAAAUGGAUCAUCCUUAACUGUGGCCAAAAUUCCAAAACUUCCUGAAAAUGGAGGUAAUGCUUCAUCACCUCAAAUUCCAAAUGCGCCAGUUACAACUCCAGUGCCUGGCAGAAAGCCUUCGGCAACUCAACAAGGGGCUAAUGUUAUUGCUAAUCCAAACGCCCACCUUCCUCCGCCUUACAAUUUGCCGCCAGUUGCACAACAACAGCUUGAAAAAAAGCCUCGUAUGGUUCGCAAAAUCGUGAAAGCUCCUGAAAAAGCAGAACGGGUUUUAUAUUGUUUAAACCUUAAAAACCCACUUCGUCGAUUAUGCAUCAGCAUUGUUGAAUGGAAGCCUUUUGAAUGGCUAAUCUUAACAACCAUCUGCUUGAACUGCAUAGCGUUAGGCGUGUACACGCCUUAUCCGGCUGGGGAUUCAAAUGACACCAACCAAGUUUUAGAAAAAAUUGAAUAUUUUUUUCUAGUAGUGUUUACGUUGGAAUGUUUUAUGAAAAUCAUUGCCUAUGGAUUUUUUUCUCAUCAAAGUGGUUAUUUAAGAAGCGCUUGGAACUUGCUUGACUUUAUCAUUGUUGUCAUUGGAUUAAUCAGUUUAGUUUUGCAAACAAUGUCAAAUGAAAAUAUUGAUGUAAAAGCACUGCGAGCUUUCCGUGUACUUCGUCCACUCAGAUUGGUUUCCGGAGUACCAAGUUUGCAAGUUGUGCUCAACUCGAUUAUUAAAGCCAUGGUGCCUCUUUUGCACAUCGCCCUACUUGUGAUAUUUGUCAUCGUGAUUUACGCCAUUAUUGGACUUGAGCUAUUUGUUGGGCGAAUGCAUCGAACUUGUUACCACAAUAUUACAGGUGAACAAAUGGAAGAUCCAAAACCUUGCGGAGGAGAAUAUACUUGUGAUAGAAAAAAUGGCUUUGAAUGCAAAGAAGGCUUUGAAGGACCAAACACUGGCAUCACCAACUUUGAUAACUUUGGUUUGGCAAUGCUUACUGUUUUUCAGUGCGUCACCAAUGAAGGCUGGACAAACAUUCUUUAUUGGAUUAAUGACUCUGUCGGAAAUUCUUGGCCAUGGAUAUAUUUCAUAAGUCUCAUCAUUUUGGGUUCAUUUUUUGUAAUGAACCUUGUUUUGGGUGUACUAAGCGGUGAAUUUUCUAAAGAACGUGAAAAGGCAAAAGCUAGAGGCGAUUUCCACAAACUGAGAGAAAAACAGCAAAUUGAAGAAGAUAUGCGCGGAUAUCUAGAUUGGAUUACUCAAGCGGAGGACAUUGAACCGGAUGAAAAAGAAUCAAGCACUGAAAGAAUUGUUAUUGAAGAAAACCAGAAAAAUGAAGAUGAUGAAAAUAAUGGCGACUCAGCAAAACAGAUAUCUUAUUGGCGGCAAAAACAAAAAGAAUUAGAGCGAAUUAAUAGGCGAAUGAGGAGAGUGUGUCGGAAGAUUUGCAAAUCCCAAGCACUUUACUGGACUGUUAUUGUGCUUGUGUUUCUCAACACACUUACAUUGGCUUCAGAGCAUCAUGGACAAAGAAAGUUUCUUGACGAUUUUCAGGAAGCCGCCAAUUUAAUUUUUGUUGCUCUUUUUCUGUUUGAAAUGCUUCUCAAAAUGUACUCUCUCGGCUUCCAAGGCUAUUUUGUAUCGCUUUUCAAUCGAUUCGACUGUUUCGUUGUCAUCAGCUCCAUUUUAGAGAUUAUUCUAACAACUACAAACUUAAUGCCACCGCUGGGAGUGUCUGUUCUUCGGUGUGUUCGACUGCUUCGGAUCUUCAAAGUAACCAAACAUUGGACUUCACUGCGCAACCUUGUUGCCUCUCUCAUCAACUCAAUGCGAGCCAUUGCUUCACUUUUGCUUCUGCUAUUUCUUUUUAUUGUUAUCUUUGCUUUACUGGGAAUGCAAGUAUUUGGUGGCAAGUUCAAUUUUCCGGAUAAAGAAAAACCCGAAGCCAAUUUCGAUUCCUUUUACCAAUCUUUGUUGACUGUCUUUCAAAUACUGACUGGUGAAGAUUGGAAUGAAGUCAUGUACGAUGGCAUUAAUGCAUUUGGUGGUGUCAGUAAGCCAGGAAUACUGGCUUGUGUUUAUUUCAUCAUUCUUUUUAUCUGUGGUAACUAUAUUUUACUAAAUGUUUUCUUGGCUAUCGCCGUGGACAACUUGGCUGAUGCUGAAUCACUGACAGCAAUAGAAAAAGAGGAAGACGAAGAUGAUGGUGAAAUAUCUAAAUCAACAUCUGAUGACUCUGAAUAUGAUGACGAAGAUUUUGAUGAGGAUGAAAUUGACGAUGAUAUUGAUGAUGAAUCAGAAGUAGACGAGCUUGAAAUCGAUGCAAACGAUAAGGAAAAUAAACAUGGUUUUCACGAAUCUGCAAACAUAAAAUCACUGAGCGAAUACAGUGGAGCAAGACCUCGAAGAUUGUCUGAAAUCAAUAUUACUAAAAAGAUUCCGCCAAUUCCAAAAUAUAGUUCAUUUUUUAUAUUUUCACACACAAAUAGGUUUCGAGUCGGUUGUCAUCGAUUUAUCAAUCACAAUCAAUUUGGCAACGUUGUUCUACUCUGCAUCCUCAUCAGUUCGGGCAUGCUGGCAGCUGAAGAUCCUUUAAACGCAAAUUCAGAGAGAAACAAAAUUUUAAAUCAUUUUGACUAUUUUUUUACUGGCAUUUUUUCAAUUGAAAUCACACUAAAAACAAUAUCAGACGGUGUCAUUUUGCAUAAAGGAUCUUUCUGUCGCAGCUACUUUAAUUUGCUUGACAUUCUCGUCGUUUGCUGUUCUCUCAUAUCUUUUGCUGAACCAGGAGGUACCAUGUCAGUGAUAAAAAUUCUUCGAGUUCUUCGUGUUCUUCGUCCACUUCGAGCUAUCAACCGUGCUAAAGGCCUCAAGCAUGUAGUUUCCUGUGUAAUUGUUGCCAUUAAAACUAUCGGCAAUAUUAUGCUGGUGACAUUUUUGCUCAAUUUUAUGUUUGCUGCAAUUGGCUGUAAGCUCUUCAAGCUGGUUGUCAAGUCAGUACUGGUUGCUAUCAAAAUGAUGGGCCAGAUUUUGAUGGUAACUUAUCUUCUGCAGUUUAUGUUUGCUGUUGUUGCGGUGCAGCUAUUUAAGGGAACAUUCUACGAGUGUUCUGAUCCUUCCAAGUCAAACGAGAUUGAAUGCCAGGGCCGCUUUAUAAGCUAUGAAAAAGGUUAUCCUGUUGUUGAACCACGAGUAUGGGACCGAAAUAGGUUUCAUUUUGACAAUAUUGGAGCGGCUAUGUUAACUCUUUGUACUGUAUCGACAUUUGAAGGCUGGCCACAACUUCUUCACAAGUCAAUCAAUUCGCAUGCUGAAAAUGAAGGCCCAAUUUAUAAUUACCGCCCGUUCGUGGCAGUUUUUUACAUUAUUUACAUCAUUGUAAUUGCAUUUUUUAUGGUUAACAUCUUUGUCGGCUUUGUUAUUGUUACCUUUCAAAAUGAAGGUGAACAAGAAUACAAAAAUUGUGAAUUGGAUAAGAAUCAACGUAAUUGCAUCGAAUUUGCACUAAAAGCUCGACCAUCCAAACGAUAUAUUCCAAAAUCUCGACUUCAGUACAAAAUCUGGUGGCUUGUUACCUCACAGUACUUUGAAUUUGUCAUAUUUGGGCUUAUUCUCAUCAACACAAUUACAUUGGCAAUGAGAUAUCAUGGCCAAACGCCCGAAUACUCAAGAGUGCUCAGUGACCUUAACAUUAUUUUCACUGCUGUUUUCACAUUCGAGUUUAUUCUUAAACUGUUCGCUUUUCGAUUCAAAAACUAUUUUAGUGAUCAAUGGAAUUGUUUCGACUUUUUUAUUGUUCUUGGGUCAGUUAUUGACAUUUUCUAUGAACAAUUAAGUCCAAAAGAUGGAGAUCCAAAACCAAGCAAACUUCAUCAAGUUCGACCAACAUCAGUGAUGAACUUUCUUCGGCUAUUUCGCGUGAUGAGAUUAGUUAAAUUGCUCAGUCGAGGAGAAGGUAUUCGAACCUUACUGUGGACAUUUUUUAAAUCUUUUCAGGCAUUGCCCUAUGUUGCCCUUUUAAUUUUAAUGCUCUUCUUUAUCUACGCCGUCAUUGGCAUGCAAGUGUUUGGAAAAAUUGCACUAAACGAUGACGAGGGCUCAAUCACAAGAAAUAAUAACUUUCAAACGUUUUUUCAAGCAAUUUUGGUACUGUUUCGAUCUGCAACUGGUGAAGCCUGGCAAGAGAUCAUGAUGGAUUGCACUAGCAAAGCCAAAUGCGAUGAAAGGUCUGAAGACUGGAGCAAUAGGACUGGUACUGAUAUUCCCAGCUGCGGCUCAACGCUGGCAAUACCUUACUUUAUUUCUUUCUACAUUCUGUGCUCUUUUCUCAUCAUUAAUCUUUUUGUGGCUGUCAUUAUGGACAACUUUGACUAUCUUACGCGAGAUUGGUCCAUUCUCGGUCCGCAUCACUUAGAUGAAUUUGUUCGCCUUUGGUCGGAGUAUGAUCCGGACGCAAAGGGCCGAAUAAAGCAUCUCGAUGUAGUGACACUGCUACGGAAGAUUUCUCCUCCGCUCGGUUUUGGCAAGCUCUGUCCACAGCGAAUGGCCUGCAAGCGACUGGUCUCAAUGAACAUGCCACUGAACAGUGAUGGUACGGUCAUGUUUAACGCCACUCUUUUUGCCGUGGUGCGAACUGCACUGCGAAUUAAAACAGACGGCAACAUUGAUGACGCAAAUGAGGACCUGAGAGCGGUUAUCAGAAAGAUCUGGAAGCGCACCAAUCCAAAGCUGCUCGAUCAAGUAGUUCCACCGGCGGCUGAUGACGAAGUAACGGUGGGCAAGUUUUACGCCACCUUUCUCAUUCAGGACUACUUCAGGCGGUUCAAGAAGAAGAAGGAGGAAAGGGCACGCCUGAACAACCAGGAGGAGGAGCACACUGUGGCUCUGCAGGCCGGACUGAGGAGUCUGCAUGCUUUCGGUCCGGAAAUACGACGCGCCAUCUCGGGCAACCUCGAUGAGGACAACUUUGAGAAUGGACCCGACUGGGAGCCGAUGCAUCGUCGCAACCACACUCUCUUUGGCAAUGUGCUCUCCUCGUUUGGCAAUGUCAAGCUGAAGCGAGCGCCCGCAACCUUUCACCAGAGCGAUGGUAAAGGCGAUGAGUUUGUUUUUUCCAGAGUGCCAUUGCGACCCAAACUGGUCAUCGACGAUGAGAGCUUUGAUCUGGAUGAGAUGACCAUUCCCGAUCCGCCACCAGCACCGUUGAGUAGCCCAGUUGAGGGCAGCAGUCGCAAGUCUUCCAAUUCGGCCUCGCACAACUCCUCCUUUCGACGGAAACUGUCCGGCUGCUUCCGCAAGCAGGACAGCAACGAGUGUCCAAUGCUGAGCAGUACGCCAACCAGUCUCGACCAGGUCGAGGAUGACGACCAACGGCAAGCACAGGCAGCAAAGAAGCGCUCCUGGUACCGAAAGGCAACCAGCAAGAUUAGCCGACACCGGUCAGUGUCGGAGGAGCGGCCACCAAGUCGACCAGCGUAUGAACAGCAGCAGUUGCAGCUGCUGCACCACCAGAGCCACAAUGCGCACAAUGAGCAUCAGCUUCAGCAGUUAGACCCUCGCUCAGUGAGCUCCAACUCCAUCUACGAUGGCCACCGGCGAAACCGUGCUUCGAGCUUUCUCUCCGCUUCCACCUCACCGUACCCUGCCGCCAUUGUAGCAUCCGAUAGUAAUCUAACUGAUAUCAAUAGGCACACUCUGGCCACUGCGGCAGCAGCAGCCCCUCACCGAGCCUCCUUUCAUGGCAAUCCGAGCCGACUGCAGCAACCAGCCACCGAGGUGGUGGGCAGCGCCGAGAGUCUGGUCGGUCACAUCCUGGUGGAGCAAGGACUAGGCAAGUAUGUCGACCCGGUCGUCCUGAGGGCCACUCAGCGCGAACUGGCAGAAACGCUGAACAUGACGGAGGAAGAGCACUUGUUGGAUCUCACGAGUUAG